AUGAGUAAUUUUGAAGAAGCGACAAGAGAGUUAUCAAUUAUUCCGCCGGAUUUUGUACCAUACAUGGAAAAACACAGAUUAUAUGAAUUCUUUUAUGAAUUAGCGACGCAAUUACUGAUCCAGCAGCCAGAUGAUCCAAUAGUAUUUAUAAAACAAAGUGUCCAGCAUAUUAUACGAAAACGAGAUAUUUCUAGAGUUAUUCUUAUAGCUCCUCCAGAUUUCGAUAAAAUGACUCUUGCAAAAAUUCUUCAAAAGGAAACUGGGAUUUGUCCUGUUACCUUAGAAGGUCUUUAUGCUUCAUCUCCUAUUGGAAAUAUAUGCCGCUGCUAUGAUGCUAAUGAGAUCGCAAACAGAAUGAAGAAAAUGUUAAUGUCAGGAAUACUUCAUGAAUCUGGAUGGAUAUUAGUUGAUAUACCAAGAAAUAAAAAGGAAGCACGUGCCAUGCAGUAUGUCGGCAUAAUACCAACACACGUGAUACAAAUUAUAUUAUCUCGUAUAGAAGACAAGAUUCAAGAAAAAAAAGAUAUAAGACAAUGCGAUUAUAAGAAAAAUCUUCGAGGUCUACGUGACGCUUAUGCUAAUCUUUUAAUUGAAGUUCAAGCUGGUAAUAAGACGAUUCAAGAGUUGGGUAAAGAAUGCGCGACAUUAAUGAAAAUUAGAAAACACUAUGGAGCCCCAUCACUUUUUCGCAUUGUUCUUAUAGGUCCUCGAGGAUCAGAUCAUCGUUCUUUGGCAAAACAUAUAUCUGAGAGUUUUACUCUCGUUCAUGUUGAUUUCAAUAAUAUCUUGAAAGAAGCAUGUUUACGAGAGACGGCUUUAGAUGAAAUGCUGCGAAUGUGCGAUCACAGAUGCGCACAGAAAGUAAAAUCGGAAGCACGAAUACAAAUUAUUGAGCGGUAUGUACUUGGGUCUGAGUGUCUUAAGAGAGGAUGGAUUUUGACAAGUUAUCCUAAAACUGUGGAAGAAUUCAAACUCCUAGAUAUGAUAUCUACACCACCCAAUAGAGUCAUUGUCCUUAAAAUAGACCUACAAACGUGCAGAGAAAGACUCUUAAAUCGUGAAUGCAACUUUACCACUGAAAGUGAGCAUGAGUUCUCAUCGUGUGAAUCUUCGGUGACAGAUCCUGACUACAAAUUAGAUGUUCAUUCCAAUAAUUAUAAAGACAUCAUCGAACAAGAUCUUCAGGAAUACAAAGAAAAUAUAGAUGCCAUAUUGCAAUACGCGGGGGAAACUGCGUCCAUAAUAAAUGCGACAGGUGACAGAAAGUGUGUGAAGGAAAGACUGGAAGCGUGUCUGAUACGUUCAGCACCGUCUGCGAAACCCAGGAUUCCCUAUCCACCUCCUACGAUCGAUCCAAUGGACAUCGAAUUUGAGCCUGACGACGAACCCGACCUAAACAUCUUCGAUGACAUACGAGCGCCAGAGCCUAAAUAUUCUUUUAUUUAA